UAGUGCAAGAAGAUGAUUAUCGAUCAGCGCGAAGGUCGCCAUGGAGGUUAGGUUACUAUCAGAUUAUUCGAUCGUGCGUGUAUAAUGCACCUUGCGAAUUCGUAUUGAAGUCAUUGAAAACUGUCGCGCCAAGACGUUUCUUACGAUCAACGAUCUUGAUCUCAAAUGACAGGUCGCUAUCUCGACAGAGUACAGCUGUAAAGAGAACAUGGCGACCGCGAAGACGAUUCUGCCCGAGGAAAGCGAGCUAACUGUACAGGAGGUGAAUGUUGGCUGGACUGUGCUGCAGGCCGCAUCAGUUUAUAUCGGCAAGGCCUGCGAGUGGUACAAUAAUGAGUUUAUGUUGUGUAGACAAGAGGAACGCGAUCCGCGUCUCUGUCUUAAAGAGGGAAAGGAUGUGACAGCUUGUGCUAUGGAUGUUCUUAAAAAGAUGAAAAAACACUGCCUAGAAGAUUUUAAUGCAUACAUGUAUUGCCUUGAAAGAUCAUCGGGAACAUUGGAGUUAUCUCGAUGCCGAUUGACGCAAACUGCCCUGGACAAUUGUGUUCGUACAAAUUUACAUAUAGAACGUCCACCUUUUGGAUAUUUCUGUGAGGCUAAAGUGCAUAACACAUCAAGACCACGGCCACCAAAGGAAGAACCUAUAGAAUUUCCAGAUCCAGUUCCUGGAUUAUCAGCUGAUAUACCACGUGAGAAAUCGAAAUAUUUCAACCGCUUCUGGUUUAAAUCGUAAAUUUGUCAAUAAACAUUGCUAUAGUUCUUUGGUCGUGCUGCAAAGAUUAUGUUUGCAAAGUUCGGGAUACGUCAUGUAGACAAUUAUAGAAAGCAGAGCGUGUGCAAUUUUCAAUGCGCUUAUUGAACGUAAAAAUGUUCGUUUCAUAUAAAAAUAUAUAGAAUUGUAUGUUCUGUGAAUAAAUAUAACAGCAAAGUAAGUCAUUCGCUCGACUAUUGUUGUUACAUCUUGUACAAAUAUAAAUAUGAAACGUAAAAUAUACUUUUAUUCCAUCUUAA